AUGGAGACGACUCUGGACUACGACAGGCCCGGUUCGAAAGUAAUUCGCCCCGCCUUCCUUGCACAUAUUGUUCUACGCACAGCUGACAAUACAAGCUUUCUUGCGAUGGUGGACUUCUGGGUGAACUUCCUUGAUGCGGAAGUGACGUAUCAAAAUGAGGUGCUGUCUUUCCUUAGCUACGACGAAGAGCAUCAUCGUGUUGCUAUCGGAAUCUUUCCUGAGACAAUCAAGAGGGUGGGGAAACCGUCAGGCUUAGCUCAUGUCGCCUUUACCUAUAACUCUCUACAAGAACUUGCAAUCUUAUACUACUAUGAUCCGGAUGGCAAUGAGAUCGAAAUACAAGUGGACAAUUUUGACAGCAGAGAAGAGGCUACAGCAUUCUUCGCAAGUGUGGAAUUCGAUGAGAAUCCUAUCGGUGUCGAUUUCGAUCCAGAAAACUUGGUCGCAAGACUUCAACAAGGAGAAAGUGAAAUUUCAAUCAAAAAGCGACCGCGUAUCGGUGCAAGAGCUUUCCAGUGGGCUAGUUUGCAGAAGUAUCCAAUACUUGGGCAAUGA